CACAUUCUAACUAUUUUUUAGAACUAUUUUUCUCAUUUGAUGAAUAUUCGAAUACAUAUAACAUCAAAUCGGAGUAUCUAAUAAUCAGCUCAUUAAUGAAACAUCAGUACGACCAGCACUUAGACCAGGAUAUACUACUUAUUGCAGUUGAGAAUAAAUUAGCAUUCGUUUGCCGUUGGUUAUUAUCUCAUUUUCAUUAUGAAGAUGAAUGUAUCUUUCAAGUAUUGUCAAAAUCUUUUGAGAUGGGAAAUAAUGACAUAACCAAAGCCUUGGCCUGGAAAGUUACUAGACAAUUCUACAAGAAUUACAAAGUGAUCUUGGAUAAAAAUGCCAUCGACAUUUAUCCAGCAUUUAAAUGUGAAUGUCACAAUAUAGUGUCACGUUCCGAGGAAAAAUGCUUGCGUGCAAGCAAUAAGUUAAUAGCUAUAGAAUGGAAUGGAAAUCGCCUUCCAAAAAUACCAAGUACGUUUUUGAAUUUCGAGGUCAAAUUUUUCAGCUUUGAUGAAUUUAGUUCCCACAAUGAAGAAGAUGAAAUGAAAGAUAUAAUGGCGGCAAUAAAGAAAACGAUAGGAUCGUCUUCAUACAAUCUCUCAAUGCAACAAAUCAAUGGUGAAGUGGCAUCAACAGUGUUCAAGCAACACAGAAAUCUUUCUUUAAUUUGUCCAACGAUCAUUAAAUCUACAAAUUAUGGCUCUGAUCAUAACCUUUUACAAAUGCAUUGUAUUCAACUCUUUUGUCACAGAAAAGGGUACAUCCCUCUCGGGGAAAACCAUUUUCCAUCAACCAUUAAUGGCUUACCAACAGAUAUUUUACAAGGUUACGGCUUCUUCGCCUCCACCACUUUACGAAUAGGCGAUAAGAUAGGCAAUAAAGCUACAUGUGGAACUCUGGGAGGAUUUUACCGAUUUGGUGGAAAAUUGAAAUGUUUUUUAACAUGCGCACAUGUGCUCUACAGUCUUUCAACUUUGCUAGCUCCUAAAGAUGAUAUGUGUCAGAACGGGGAAGUUGAUGUCUUUUUGGAUCCUGGCCAGUCAAGUCCACGUGUAUGUGGUAGUGCUAUUCGUGGAGUUUUCAAACAUGAUGACUCUAGCAGGACCAGUGUAGAUGCAGGUAUAGUCGUGAUAGAAUCGCCUGACUUUAUCAUCGAUCCUAGUGAUAUAUUACGUGUCAUCAAUGGACCCCCUCAGUCACCAAGCGUAUUAGGUAUAUCGUCAACUUUACCAUUCGUGAAUCAAAAUUUCUGCGAUCAUACGAUGCUGUGUUGUACCAGGGAAACGGUGUCAGUUAUGGCUCCAGGUGCGGUUACAGGAAUAAAACAAAAUGUAAAAUUCGACCUUCCAACAGAUAAGGACGUGAAUUUUCAGGAUCUUGGCCAGAUCAACGUGCAGGCCAAUGGGUCAACCUUUCAACCACUAUUAAUUGCUCAACCCGCUCAUAUUCAGAUUCCCGUCGGAUCGCUGAAUGAGAAGCGGAUUUUCACUAUGUACAAUCAAAUGGUUAUGAAUAUUCCCCUACAGGAAGGAGAUUCAGGAACAUGUAUAUAUAUUACAGGACACACCCCACUAAAUACUGGUUGUGUGGGUAUGGCAAUUGCUUUCUGUUCAGGGUCAGGUUAUUCAUUGGUUACACCUAUAAAGGAAAUCAUUCGUGCGAUUAAUGGAUGACAAAAAAGUAAAGCGAUUACGAUUUUUAAUGCGUUGACAAGAUAAGCCUUUUAAUAACAUUUUCCUUUAAAACCUUUAAUUGACAUGUAUAUAUAAAAUGAAAUAUAUAUGAAUUAUUACACAGAAGUGAAAUGUUCUUGUUAUUUGGUUAUAAGUUAACAGAAAAAGGGUAAACAAAGACCACACGUUUGUUUAUUCAAAUUAAAUAACAAUGAUAUGUAUUUAUGGUAUACAUUUUUAUCAAAGUUAUUUUUGACCUGAUAAUAUGCAUUGCUUUCUAACGAUCAAUUGUAUUCAUUUUUUGUUUAGCUUUUUAUUACAAUGUGAACCAAUAGACACCUUUCAAGACUAUACAACCCGUCUAAAAUCGGCAAAAAUACAUCAUCAAGGGUAUCAAUAUUCCCAAUUUAAAUAAAUAAACUAUGAUUAGUUGAAUUAAAAACAGUUCAAAUGACACCGUUAGGAUUUACUUCAUUCCUCAACGAAAAGAAUCUCUGCAAAGCCCAAAAUAUUGCACAAAACCCUACAGUGCUAACCUACUAAACUAACAGCAAUCAACAGUUGAAAUAGCAAAUUUAUAUAAGAUGAGCUUGGUUGCAUUUGAUAUAGCGUUUGUUUCGAUUAAUUAAAUGAAAACCAAUUUUAUACCUCUAACUGUUUAGCAACAAUUUUCUAUUGUGUUCUUUCAUUGCAUCAAUAACUUGUUUUAUAACUAUAUUAGUUUUGCCUUACUUUGAUGUGUAAUUGCUUCUUAAAUUCUAUAGGGAUCCUGUUGGACACAAUUUCAUCAAUUCUCUUGCUGUAUGUUUAUAUUUCUUUAUUUUCACGUUGAUUGUUUCAUUUUACAUUUGACAUUAUACCAACUUUUUUUAUUUUUUAUUUUAGAGUUAAUUCAAUUGCAACUUGCCUUUAUAACCGAUUAUACGGUAUUGAAUUUUCUCAUUGUUAAAUGUGUAUACAGUAGUUGUCGUUUGUUUAUGUAAUAUAUACGUGUUUCUCGUUUCUCGUUUUGUUUAUAUAGAUUAGACCGUUGGUUUUCCCGUUUGAAUGGUUUUACACUAGUAAUUUUGGGGCCCUUUAUAGCUUGUUGUUCGGUGUGAGCCAAGGCUCCGUGUUGAAGGCCGUACUUUAACCUAUAAUGGUUUAAUUUUUAAAUUGUUAUUUGGAUGGAGAGUUGUCUCAUUGGCACUCACACCACAUCUUCCUAUAUCUAUGGUGACCAAUAAUUGAUAGCUAUCACUUCGUUUAAACUUUGGUGAAAAGUAGUCUCUUUCAUUGGCAACCAUACCAUAUUUCCCCUUUUAUAUUAAAAGUCUGCAAUUUUUUUUAGGUGUUUCAUUAUCAAUGGAAAUAAAGGGAAUUUUUUAGGGCCCCAUAACUGGUUAUAUAAAAACACAGGUUUUGCAAAUCAAAAAGCACCAGGUGUCAUAAUCCGUUUAUCCGAUCGAUAUAUUAAAUUAUCAUGAAAAGUAGUUAUUAUAUAUCAGUGUAUAUAAAGUGCGAAUCCAGUAAGUUCAUUUUCACUGUUGUAUGCGAGUAUGUUCAUUGUAGAAUAAAGGAUCAUGGGAAAACAGUAUUUGUUUACGUUUUGAAAAUACCAAAAUAAUUGGUUUGAAACAAA